GGGGUCGCGCAGCGGAGGGCGAUUAAGGAAAGAUAUUUGGACGGCGGGAGGGGGCGGGGGCAAGAUGGCGGCGGUUGCUGGGCAACGGGCGGAGGCGCGGCCCGGGCCGCGGAGCGGAGGGAGUGCGCAGGCGCGGCCGGUGAGGGCUGAGCCCGGGAUCCGGGCGGAGCGGCGGGACCGGGACCGCAUCUUAACAUACUGAGUGCAGGAAGAGAAGCGGGAACGUGGGCAGUGGAGCAGUCGCCUGAAGACCUGAAGGUGCGGGGUAACAGUUUCAGCCUUAUUUAAAGGACUGGUUCCAACUCUGCCGACACUUCGUUAAUCAGUGGACGGAGGAGGUGACGAGUGCCAAGAUCUUCUGUGCAGUCCUUGGAUCAGGGCACUUACUCCAAAGGAAAUUAUUCCAACAGGGCACGAGCUACCUCGCUUAAAGCUGUCGGGAACACACUUGGAAAGAACGAGCAAUGUAAUGAUUUCAGCAACUGUACAAGGACGCGCUGUGGAGAAAGUCUGCCCCUAGAUCACCCAUUCAGCAUGUCCUGCUGUGCAGAGUCCACCUGUUGAUUAGGAGACUUAGCAUGACCGCAGACUAAACUUUUAAUGCCCACUUUUGGGCUUCAGGAGUGCUGACUGGAGCCUGCUGCGGGAGGGUAGGAGGACUGUUCUCACACCUCUCCAGUGGCUACACAACUACCCCCCUUGCCUUUUGAGAAUGGUAUCCCGAGCAAUAGGCAGCAGAGGGGGAGUCUUAGCUGUGUCUGAUUAAUGCUUCACUUCGAUGCCUGGCAGCAGUAACAAUGCUCAUGGUCUCUCCGCACUUGCCCUUGGUUGAUGUGCGACACUUGAAAGAAUAAUCAGGGGUUGGAUUCCUUCUCCCCGUUUGGUUGUCACUGACCAGGGCACAGACUGAGGGGCAGGAGAAAUGGUUCCAUUUCCAACGGGAGCCUGAGAGAUUUUGAUCCUCGGGAUAUGUGACGACAGCAAGUGUCCUUCCACCUGGAUCCACUGCGGCAAGAGGGCCCUGUCUUUCGGCUCAGAGGUAUACUCCCAGAUUACCACCGGCCCCUCUGCCCAGGGGGUGGGCGGUGGUGGACAGGUGUCCAGUAAUGGCAGAACACAACGAGCUGCUGGCGGAGCUGCCGCUGGUCGGCCAGAUGACCACGCAGGAGCGGCUCAAGCACGCUCACAAGAGGCGCGCUCAGCAACUGAAGAAGUGGGCGCAGUUCGAGAAGGAAGCGCAAGGCAAGAAAGCCAAGCUGGACAGGAGGUGGAGUAACAGAACACUGAAGCGGAUCCGGUUCCCCGAUAACGUAAGGCUGCUGGAGGCAGCUUCUCGCAAUGAUGUCGAGGAAGUUCGGCAAUUAUUGCAGGAUGGAAUAUCCCCAGACUUGUAUAAUGAGGAUGGUUUGACCGCACUGCAUCAGUGCUGCAUCGACGACUACAAAGAGAUUGUGAAGCUGCUGCUGGAGACCGGAGCCGAUGUGAACGCGUGCGACAGUGAGCUGUGGACCCCGCUACACGCAGCAGCUACCUGUGGACACCUACACCUGGUGCAGCAGCUGGUUGAGCAUGGUGCUGACCUUCUGGCUGUGAAUGCUGACGGGAACAUGCCGUACGACUUGUGUGAGGACGAGGUCACCUUGGACUGCAUCGAGAACGCAAUGGCCCAACAAGGUGUCACUCAGGAAAAGAUCGAUGAAUCCCGCAUGGCCACCGAGAGAUGGAUGAUUAACGACAUCAGGGAGUUGGUGGAGACCCAGUCAGACCUGAACAAUCAGAAUGAACUUGGCACUUGUCUGCUCCACAUUGCGGCAGCCAAUGGCUACACAGAAGCAGCAGAACUCCUCCUGAGCAACAGAGCCAAGGUGGAUGUGAAGGACACCGAUGGAUGGGAGCCAUUGCAUGCAGCGGCCUGCUGGGGGCAGGUUCACAUGGUGGAACUCCUGGUGGGUCACGGAGCCAACCUGAACGCCAGGUCCUUCCUGGACGAGACUCCGAUCGACGUGUGCGGGGACGAGGAAGUGCGGGGGAAGCUGCUGGAACUGAAGCACAAACACGACGCCGUCAUGAAGGCUCAGGACAGGCGCCGGACGGCCCUGCAGAGGCGGACGUCCAGCACCGGCAGCCGGGGGAAGGUGGUGCGUAAAGUGAGUGUGACGGAGAGGACCAACAUGUACCGUCAGGAGCACAGGGACGAGGCGAUGGCCUGGCAGCAGGCGGUCAGCAAGGACGGGGAGCCCGAGGACGAGGACGCACAGACCAACUCCGAGCUCAAACAGUACAGCUCGGGCGCCAUGUGGCGGGCAGGGGGAGACGAGGCCGUUGGGGAGCCCCCCCUGGUGAACGGUGCAGCACUGUCGGAGCCUGGACCAGAGCAGGGGCCAGAUCAGGGGCCCGGGGGUGACGGGCCCGUCCUGGGCCCAGGACCAGGAGAGCUGAGCCGGGACGUGUCCCACCACACCCUGGCCGACCUGAAGCGGCAGCGGGCGGCCUCCAAACUACAGCGGCAGGUCCCGGGGGAGGAGCUCCCCCUGGGCGGGGCGGGCCCCGGCCCCACCCCCGGGCCUGUCUACUUCACCAGCUCCAGCGGGGACCCCCCCCUUGUCAGGUUCAAGGCCCCGGCCGAGGAGGCCCCGGGACCCAAGUCCCGCAGGUGCUGCCGGAUGAUGUAGGGGUGGGGGUCCCCGUGGGAGGGUGGGGGGUCUCACGGGGGGGGGGGGGAGGGGGGUUCCCCCCAUGGGGGGGGGCGGUGGAGUGAGGGGCCGGACCGGGACAGGAUCCCCCCACCCCCACCCCCAGAACUCAAGACCCUGGCACCUCCCACCCCACAAUAGACACCAGCUAAUUCUCGGCCUCAGCACCAGCACCGAGCCCACCCACUGACUCACCCCCACCCCCACACUUACUCCAACCCCCUGAUUCACAGAACCAGCACAUGCCGCCCCCAUCCUCAGACACCCAUCCCCCCCCCCCCCCCCCCCCCCAGUGGAGAGACCUGGGACACUUUGUCUGCACUUCAACAACGGAUCCAGAACCUGCCCAGGAGCUGGGGAAGUAUCACAUUCCUGACCAGAGGGAGGGAGCUUCACCCUGUGUCUGACCCUGGGAGUGUGUGAUGGGACGGUGCGGAGGGAGCUUCACCCUGUGUCUGACCCCGGGAGUGUGUGAUGGGACGGUGCGGAGGGAGCUUCACCCUGUGUCUGACCCCGGGAGUGUGUGAUGGGACGGUGCGGAGGGAGCUUCACCCUGUGUCUGACCCCGGGAGUGUGUGAUGGGACGGUGCGGAGGGAGCUUCACCCUGUGUCUGACCCCGGGAGUGUGUGCUGGGACGGUGCGGAGGGAGCUUCACCCUGUGUCUGACCCCGGGAGUGUGUGAUGGGACGGUGCGGAGGGAGCUUCACCCUGUGUCUGUUCCCGGGAGUGUGUGAUGGGACGGUGCGGAGGGAGCUUCACCCUGUGUCUGACCCCGGGAGUGUGUGAUGGGACGGUGCGGAGGGAGCUUCACCCUGUGUCUGACCCCGGGAGUGUGUGAUGGGACGGUGCGGAGGGAGCUUCACCCUGUGUCUGACCCCGGGAGUGUGUGAUGGGACGGUGCGGAGGGAGCUUCACCCUGUGUCUGACCCCGGGAGUGUGUGAUGGGACGGUGCGGAGGGAGCUUCACCCUGUGUCUGACCCCGGGAGUGUGUGAUGGGACGGUGCGGAGGGAGCUUCACCCUGUGUCUGACCCCGGGAGUGUGUGAUGGGACGGUGCGGAGGGAGCUUCACCCUGUGUCUGACCCCGGGAGUGUGUGAUGGGACGGUGCGGAGGGAGCUUCACCCUGUGUCUGACCCCGGGAGUGUGUGAUGGGACGGUGCGGAGGGAGCUUCACCCUGUGUCUGACCCCGGGAGUGUGUGAUGGGACGGUGCGGAGGGAGCUUCACCCUGUGUCUGACCCCGGGAGUGUGUGAUGGGACGGUGCGGAGGGAGCUUCACCCUGUGUCUGACCCCGGGAGUGUGUGAUGGGACGGUGCGGAGGGAGCUUCACCCUGUGUCUGACCCCGGGAGUGUGUGCUGGGACGGUGCGGAGGGAGCUUCACCCUGUGUCUGACCCCGGGAGUGUGUGAUGGGACGGUGCGGAGGGAGCUUCACCCUGUGUCUGACCCCGGGAGUGUGUGCUGGGACGGUGCGGAGGGAGCUUCACCCUGUGUCUGACCCCGGGAGUGUGUGAUGGGACGGUGCGGAGGGAGCUUCACCCUGUGUCUGUUCCCGGGAGUGUGUGAUGGGACGGUGCGGAGGGAGCUUCACCCUGUGUCUGACCCCGGGAGUGUGUGAUGGGACGGUGCGGAGGGAGCUUCACCCUGUGUCUGACCCCGGGAGUGUGUGAUGGGACGGUGCGGAGGGAGCUUCACCCUGUGUCUGACCCCGGGAGUGUGUGAUGGGACGGUGCGGAGGGAGCUUCACCCUGUGUCUGUUCCCGGGAGUGUGUGAUGGGACGGUGCGGAGGGAGCUUCACCCUGUG